AUGUCGUCGUCCUGGUUCACCUCGUUCUCCAAGAACGGCGCCGGGGAAGAAGAAGAGCUAGGAGGCUUGGCGCUGGAGGUGACCGUGCUGUCAGCGGAGUCGCUCCGCCUGCCCCCGUCCUACUCGCCGCUGCCACGCCGGCUGCGGCCCUACGUGGCGGUAUCGACGUCCGCCGACUGCUCCAGCACGGACGUGGCAUCGUGCUCGUCCGGGGGUGGCCAGCACUCGUGGGACGGCGACGCGCGCCUCGUGGUGCCCGUGGGCGCGGGGUUCCUGGAGGGCCGCGACGACGUGCGCGUGGCGCUGUUCUCGGAGUCGGGCUGCGCGCGGCGGCUCGUGGCCGGGGGCGACACGCCGCUGGGCUGGUGCCGCGUCCCGGCCGCCGACGUCCUCGACGGCCUCCGCCCGCCCCGCGCGCUGCGCAGGCUCAGCUACUCGCUCCGCUGCCCCCGCAACUACGGGGCCGGGCACGGGGUCGUCCACCUCGCCGUGCGCGUCAUCGGGGACGUCGAGGUCGUCCGCGCAGCCCCGCCCGCGCAGCCGGGGUGGUGCCGUGUGGCCAUGGGCAUACCGGUGUCAGGCCCCUCUGCCGCCGCCGCGGCCGUGGUCGGCACUCCGUCGCCGUGGUCGUGGAGCGAGACGUCGCGGUGAGGAGGCGGCGGCGGCGGCGACAGCGAACAACUAGCGCGGCCGCGGAAAAGCGGUAGAAUUUG